AAGAAAAACAAUCUAUUGGGACCUUUUCUGAUGAAUCUGUUACUAUAGGCAUUGAAAAUAAUACUUUAACAAUUUCAGAUGAGUUUUCAGUUUUACUAACAGAAAAAGAUAGCAAUGAGCCUAUAGUAAAGGGUGAGUUUACCGCAUCAGCUAAUGGAAAAACCAUUACAAUUCCACUUUCUGUUUAUAAUA